AUGCAAAGUGGAAGUGGAAGUGGCGCCGGCUCUGAUUUGUUCAGCAGUUAUGAGCAGCAUCCACCGCCUCCAGGUUCACGUCUGGCGCAAUAUCUGCAUGGAAACAACACUCAGCAAGUAUCACGACCUUCUAGUUGGACUAACCGGAUGCCACCAAAUCAAUCUACUAUAGCGAGUCCUUAUGUCUUCAACAAUCAUCUUGCUUCGCAUUCCAGCAAUCUGCCGCAUUUUACAUCGUCUUUUGCGGCAAUGGGAUUGAGUGAUGAAAAAGAAAAUCCAUCUUUAUCGGCUAUGCCUUACGGUUUUCCCACAUCAUCGCAACGAUCACUUAACUACUCUAAUGUAACACAAGCUUUGACUGCCUCUCCGAUAAUGCACGAUCCAUUGAAACCAAGCAGUCACAUAAGCCAAGAAAGUUGUGGUUCAACUACUGCAAGUUAUAUGCAAGAAAAUUUUGGUGGGACAACCUAUUUCUUUACACCAACUACAACAAAUUCCACUGUUGCUGAUGGACAGCCUUCUAUUCCACAGAAAGACGAUCGCAUAUAUGUGACAACAAAUGGUAAUUUUGUCUAUCACGGUCCUUUGCCACAUAUUGGCAAAUAUAAACCGCCUCGAGGACUUUCGUAUUUUACACCACCUGAGUUAAAAAUGGAACUAUUGCAACGACAACUUGCUAUCCAAUGUCGCGCAGAACCAUCGCUUUAUCCUGAUAUCCCACAAAAUGUCGAAUAUUUCCAGAAUCUUGUUCCACUCGAAAAUGUCAAAUUUGUGGGCGGGCAUAUGGAACGGGGAAUCAUUGGGUCACAUGUUACAACAGUUUAUAAAGCAAUCAAUGGACGUGAUGGCAUGCCGUACUGUUUAAGGCGAAUUCAUAAUUUUCGAGUGAAUGCAAUGAAACAAUUGUCAUUAGCUGAUAACUGGAAGAAAUUAAUGCAUGUAAAUGUUGUGCAGCUGAGAGAUGUUAUACAAACUCGUCAGUUUGGCGAUCACUCAUUGCUCUUUGCUUAUGAUUAUCACCCGCUCUCAGAAACAUUAAAAAAUCGACAUCUGAACAAUCGACUUAAUGGCUCUUCAAAAUUAGGACCAAUUGCAAAUCUCUCUGGAGGUGGUCCUGUGGUGCAAGAAUCUUUAAUGUGGUCCUAUAUUGUGCAACUAUCAUCGGCCCUCAGAGCCAUACAUUCCGCCGGUAUGGCUGCGCGAACUGUUGAUCCAUCAAAAAUCAUUGUUUUUGAUAAAACCAAGCAACAAGAUGAUCUGAAUGGUCUUGGUCGUGUUCUAAUUGCGUUGGCAAUGGGUUCACUACAUGCUAUACGUCGUGAAAAUAUCAGUAACAGCAUAAGCAUUAUCAAUCAGCAAUGUACCACCGAUUUAAAGAACAUUAUCACACUUUUGUUACAAGCUUCAACUCAGCGACCACAUUCUAUCAAUGAAGUUAUGCCAAUGAUUGGUGCUCGUUUCUAUGCACAGCUUGAAAUGACUCAAAUGAAAAAUGACCUUCUGGAAAACGAAUUAUCGAAAGAAUUAGAAAAUGGUCGUUUGUUCCGAUUGCUCUGUAAAUUAAAUACUAUUACUGAGCGAGCGGAGUUUCAAAUGGACAUGUCAUGGAGCGAGACGGGUGACCGGUAUUUGUUGAAGUUGUUCCGAGAUUAUUUGUUUCAUCAAGUGACUGAAACUGGUAAACCGUGGAUCGAUAUGGCACAUAUCGUCACUUCUUUGAAUAAGCUAGACGCUGGUGUUAACGAGAAAAUUCAGUUGGUUUCACGCGAUGGUGAAAAUGUGCUCGUGGUAUCAUACACAGAUUUACGGCGGUGCCUGGAAAAUGCUUUCAGUGAAUUGCAAAAUCGACCACCAUCAAUACCAAAUCCACUGUUGCCGGUAGUUGGUCAUCCUUAA